UUAGAAUAUAUUUUCAGUACCAAGACAUGUUUAAAUUAAUAAAAGUAUUCAGUUUUCUGUGUUAUUUAGUUUUUUGUGUUAUUUCUGCGGAGUACGAUAAUGAAGACCGAAUGUACCUCAUGGUAUCCCCGGACCAACACGAGCACACGCCACGUCUGGAAGACUUCUUCUGGACCGGGUCGGGCGAUGGACCGCCGCCGCCCCCCGACCCUCCUCUCGAAGAACCCUUGGAGCCUUCCACUCCUAUUGUGAAGACCACCACAGUCCUGGCCACCGUUUACUUGGACUCUUACCCUCCCCAGGCAGUAACAGACAAAACGACAGGCGAGUGUGUGAUGAACUGCGGCGAGCCUGUCAUACCGGGGAGUCUGGAGCCCGAGAUCCCUGAAGACAGGCGGUACUGGUUGCUCACAGUCAUACAGGGCUCCACACCUGACAGCCUGCAGCUGAAGCUGGCGCGGCUGUACCAGAAGGCUUUCUUAAGACAACAAGAGCGUCACCUUGGCAUCAUUAAGUCACUUGACGCGCCAACAACUAGAAAGAAACACGACGUGCAUUCGUUCGUAGUAAACAAAGACAAUAAUCUCAACACAAGUCCCAAAUCUAACACGCCUCUGAGAUACUUAGAUAUCCAAAGCUCAAUACUCACUCCUAUGGAGUCCGUUCCUGCUAGUAAAGUAGCGAAUGACACAAGAAAACCAAAAAUAUACUCAGACAAUUUUGACCUGAUCCCAAUAGAUAAUAUCGAUGCAACGGCAAUGUAUUCAGAAAUUAAACCAACAUUGAUACAAGAAGUGGAAUCAUGGAUACUAGCGACUCCUACAGUGGUCAUGCAUAAGAGAGAGAUUAUGGACAAGGAGACAAUGGAAGAGUAUAAAGAAGAACUAAUAGAUAUACCUCUAGAAGAUGACACCGGUAACGAGACGACCUUGUUUAAGAGGGAAAUCAUCAAGCCAGAACAGCAACCACCUGUGGAAGUUCACAUUCAGAACAUAACUGAGUACUCAGAAACAGGCAGUGUACAGAUAGUGUACGUGGUUUUGGUGGGCGGUAGAGCGGUGCCUGCGGCGGUGGCUGCGAGAGAUAUGAGGCUAGUGAGAGACGCUGAGGUGGCCAAGGAGUUGGGAGCCGUCGUCACUACCAAGGCUGAGCCAGCGUACCUGAAAGCGGCGGAGGGGCUGGAAGGCGAAGCGGCAGCGGGGGCCGGGGUCCGCGGGGCUGAGCUGUGGGCGCUGGCCGUGGGGGCUUCUAUCGCCGUCCUGCUCAUACUAGCGCUCAUCGUGUUGCUCUGUCUCGCUCACAGAAAGAAAACAUUGAAAUCGGCCGAGUCUCUCCGAGCUUACAGGCACGAGCUGAUGAGGGAAGCUGAGAGGAAUCAGCUGAAACAAGUUCAUGAAGAAAAGGAUGGGAAGUUAAUCAGCGUGGUGUCACCGAGUAGAACGAGACCUAGCAGUACUUUGUUGCCGGUAUACAGAGCCAAUAGUUCUGGGUCGUCCACAUCUUCGUCGGGAGUAUCAGAAGUGGCGGCGGCUCUGCGCCGUCGGCAGAAAAAGCCUCAUGCACUUAGAAUGCCACAGAAAAAGAGAGUAGGUACGACGGACAGUCUGCUGGAAGCGGCAGGGUUGGACAGCUCGGACAGCGGUCAGCCGUCGGCUCCGCAGACGCCUACUUCGUAUCUUUCAAUGCCUUCUGUCAACUCCUUCCCAAGAGGCAACAUAGUGGAACCGUUAUCAAGAAUCCUAGAACCAGUAUCGGUCCGUCAUCUAGACAUUGAUUCUCCGGUGUCCAGCCCUAAAGACCCGAGGCCAAAAACUGGUGAUAAGAGCAAAGACGUGAUCCCUCGGAGACAGAUGGCUUCACAGCUAGUGAGGCUCGGAAGCAUUGACAAGGACCCAGGCGUGAUAGGGCCGCUGGUUUGGGACCUCCAUUGUCAAAGGAUUAAGGAUGCAUCGAAGCCACCAAGUCCAGCUAAGUCAACCACGUCAACCCACAAGCCUGGACCAUCCCGUAUGAGACAAAGGUUCAACGAGUUAAUGGAUGAUGCAUUCACGCUGUUCGGCAGUGCAGGUUCGAUUCCCAACUCGCACGACACUUUCACUGUUGACACUGAGAAGCAAAGUGGUGUUGAUAAGAAACGAGAAGGCGAUCACAUCACGCAAGCUCGCAAUGACAACGUCCGACUUCCUGGAUCACCGUAUACUGCCUUAGAUACUGUCAGAGGAAAAUCGGCGGGGCCCGGGAGAGCUGGCAGUGUCACCACAGACCCAGAGAGGCCUCGUACGUCGUACUCGCGGACGGCAGCGGAGCGCCGGGCGCCGCCCCCCGCUCGCGCCUGGGGGCCCACGCCUCCACAUUCUCUAGGUACAAUGGCAGUCGCUGCUGUUCCAGCAGUGAAUCCAGCUAUAAUCCUAGCUGAAGGUAGACUGGCGGCUGAAGACCCAGCUAUACCACUCAUAUCUGCCAUCAAGAGCGAAAUAGAACGUAUGAGAGACCAAGCCCACAAAUCUUACACAUAGUCGUAGACCGUAAGGAUAAUUUAAGUGUUCAAAAUGUUAAAGGAAUUAAACCAUUUUCAGUUUUUUUUAAGACGGCAGAUAUUUAAAAAGGCUGUAUAAACAUACUAUUGUUGUGCAAUAAAACAAUGACUUUCUUUUUCGUGCUGCAAACAAAAUGUUAUCUGUUGUUGGAUGUCAUAUCAUAAUAAUAAUAUUUGUUAGUUAAAUAUAAAUCAUUCGUGUUAACGAGAAUAUUGGUAUUAUAAGGAAUAGAAUUGUCUUAAAAUGUGUAAUAAUAUGUUGUUAAGCUAUUUCAAAGUUCUUGUUUGCAUCGUUUUUGUUAUUACUUUCAAUCAUGUCUAUAAUAAUUGAUGCCAAUACCAAGUAAGUUAGUCUAAGUACAA